GGAAAAAAAAAAUUGUGAGAGAACGAUGGCGACGGCGAAUUGAAAUCUAGGGUUUCGAAAUGGAUCGUGGUUGGGAUCCGGGAAUUAGGAUGGAAGGGAAGAUCGAUGAGGCUUGUCAACCUGUCGGUCGGAUUGGGAUAUUAAGUUUCUCAAUCGGAGUUGUAGCAAAAAGGAUACGGGAGAUUGGAUUUGAUUUGGAUUGCUAUACUCUGGGAAUGAGAUCGGAUCCUCCUUCCAUUUUGGAAACGAUAUGGAACGAUAUGCAGAAUCAUGAAGGCGAUUCUCAAGGAUUUCAAGAGAUAUCGAGAAGUAUGGGAAUUCUGGGAGUUUUAGGGACUUUUAUGGUGAUCGUGAAGGUGUUACUUUGGUCUGGGACUUGGUUUGUGGGUAGAGAAGUGUCAUUCUCUUGGUUGAUCUCUUCAAAUCAGUCCUUGAGUCACGGUGGUUUGGUCACUGGACUGCAAAGGAGCGAGUCUCCACUCAUGGAAAUGACCAGAACUGCUUCUUUUAUAUAUAUUAUGGGAAAUUGUUGUUAUAUCGAACUGUCCAGGAAUGAUAAGAUCCACUUUAGGUCCUGCUGCAGUUAAGGUUUCAUCAAGUAAAUAUGUGUCAGUUGGUAGACUCAGGUACAUGUUUGGCCAGGACAAGUUUCUGAUGUGGGACUAUUUAGGUCGUUUGUCACUCAGAGGGUGUUUUGGUGUUGUAAAGUAAUAUGUAAACCAGUGAACUCUUACAUAAGUCUAUGGGAAAU